CAAUUUCCCGAAAGUUCUAUCGGUCUGAGAGAGAGCGGGGUGGUGGUCCGCCCGAAGGGUCCAUUAGGGAGGGACGGCGUCUGAGAGCACCCAGGACUCAGGAAAAUCUGGGCGUUGAUAAAUGAAGAGUUACCAUCUCGGAUCGCAAUGCUCUUUGUCAGUGCUCAGGCUUCAAUUUGAUUUCGCAAACAGCUGGCACAAACCAUGACUUUGCCCUCGAUCGAGGAAAUGAUGCAACUCGGAAGGGCCACGUGGUACAAGUGGCAAAGCUCUUAGCCAAUAGUGGGUCGGCCAACUUCAAUUGAGACGAACUUCAAGGUUUUGGCGUGUGCCUGUGGGCUGUCAAGCUAGCCAUCAACACUUUGAAGUUUGAUUCUGAAGGGAGCCAGGGAAGCGAUAGGAGAACCGGCCGAUCUUUGUUUGUUGUCUCGAAGCGAACAACAAUUGUGAGGUUGUUCUCCAUUGACCUCCAUCAUGGCGCCGACAAAGGGCGAGAAUGUAAAGCACGAGGCGGAGACGGAAUUUGACAAGACCGCCAAGGCGGUGUCAGACACUCUCCAGAAGGGCAAGGAGAAGGUUGGAGAGACAGUCGCACAUGCUGCGGAAGGGGCAGAGGAGAUUCUUCAAAAAGGCAAAGAGGAGCUAACAGCAGCUGCGACGCAAGCUUCGGAGAGGGUUAAGGGGGCCGCUGACGAGCUGAAGAAGGCGCAUUCAAGGGCGGCAGCGAAGAAGGGGGCAGUGAUUCACGACUUCUGCCUCGGCAUUCCGUAUGGCAUCAUCCUCCUCCUGGGCGGCUUUGUCUGGUUCGCAGCAGAGAAGGAUCCAACCACUCUGCUGCCAGGUGUCGGCCUUGGCGUGCUGCAAACUGCGCUCAGCUACCUGAGCUUCCAGACCUGGAAGGCCGGCCAGAGGAACACGCCGUACAUCCUGCUCUCGCUCUUCAUCUCGUCCUUCCUGGCCUUUGCCAAUGGGUACCCUUAUGUCAAGGGCGAGGCGGACUUCAUUCCAACAGGACUGGUGGGCCUGAUCAGCGCAGUCAUGACGCUCUUCUACCUUUACGUCCAAGGUGUGGGCGGCAACCGGCCUCCCAAGCAGGAUUAGCGCUCUGAGGCAAAAAAGCCUGACGAAUUGUACAUAGGACGCGUCCUAGCGGGGAUCGCAAAUAGCACGCAGUCAACACGAAAGCAAUUAGGUUGGGGCUGUGAGAAUCGAAGCUGAGGCUCGGUGCUACUAGUAUACAAGAGUGCUGGGAGUGGAGUGGAGGCGUCAGUAAAAGCUAGCUUUUUGACCUGUAGGCACGCAAAUGAUGUGCAGCGGCUUGCUCAGAUGAAUGUCGAAUUCUCAGAUGUACUACGGUAUCGAGGCUGGCUGGCCCUAAGGCGCAACUUGAGGUGAAAUGAUAAAAAACGCUUCUAUAAGAAAGCUUUUGCAACUUCUUUCGAUCAGGUUGGCAAUGACUGCCCUUGCGGGGAGCGAAGAGC